UCCCAAGGCAGGGCCAGAGGCUGCCCGAGCGUGCGGGAGGCGCCUGGGGCGCACGAGUUGGGGGGCGUGGAAGUCGCCUAGGCACGGCGGGGGAUCGGAGGCAUAGAGGCUGCCCGAGCUCGCAGGAGGCCUGGAAAUCUUCGCGGGUUCCCUGGAGACGACGCCUCUGCUAGGCCCGGCUGGAGGCCGGAGAGUCCACCCCCGGCGCCCAGGCACACGUGGGCCCCUCGGUGCCCACCGCGCGCGCGGAGCCUCGGACCAUGUCGGUGUCUGACCAGGCAUUUGUCACGCUGGCCACCAAUGACAUCUACUGCCAGGGGGCCCUGGUCCUGGGGCAGUCACUGAGGAACCAGAGGCUGACCAGGAAGCUGGUGGUGUUGAUCACCCCUCACGUGUCCAGCCUGCUCAGGGUUAUCCUCUCGAGGGUGUUUGAUGAGGUAAUUGAGGUGAACCUGAUAGACAGUGCCGACUACAUCCACCUGGCCAUUCUGAAGAGACCUGAGCUUGGAGUUACCCUCACCAAGCUUCACUGUUGGACGCUGACCCACUAUAGCAAGUGUGUCUUCCUGGAUGCAGACACCCUGGUACUGUCCAAUAUCGACGAGCUGUUUGAGAGGGGCGAGUUUUCCGCGGCCCCGGAUCCUGGCUGGCCGGAUUGCUUCAACAGCGGCGUGUUUGUUUUCCAACCUUCCCUCGAGACUCAUAGCCUCCUGCUGCAGCAUGCCACCGACCACGGCAGCUUUGACGGAGCAGAUCAAGGCUUAUUGAACAGUUUCUUCAGUAGCUGGUCGACGGCCGAUAUCCACAAGCAUUUGCCGUUCAUCUAUAACCUGAGCAGUAACACGACCUACACCUACAGCCCUGCUUUCAAACAGUUCGGUUCUAGUGCGAAGGUGGUCCACUUUUUGGGGUCUUCAAAGCCUUGGAACUACAAGUACAAUCCGCAGACUGGCUCGGUUUUGCAGGAGGGCUCCAGGGUGGUCCACCAGCACCAGGCAUCAUUUCUCAACCUCUGGUGGAGCAUCUACCACCGCAGCAUCCUGCCUCUUUAUGAAAGCCUCCGGGACGAGGAAGAGCACACAUCUCCAGGACACACGGCUAACCUCAGUGGUGUUGGGGCGCCAUAUGCAAAUUCAGCGUCCAGCGCUGAGGAGCCAUGUGCAAAUUCUGUGCCCAGUGCCGGGGAGACACGUGCAAAUUCAAUGGCAGGGUCCAGCCAGUCUUGGCCUGCUGAGGACCCUUCGGAGCUGAGCGUGAGAGUGGACGAGACCCCACCCUCACCUGAAGGAGGCCAUUCAGAAGACCAGCCAGCGGAUGAAGCAGAAGGUGGCCCAUCUGAGGAAACCUUGGAACGGAGCCAGGAGCCCCCUGUGGAGGUCGCCAGGGACCCCAGUCCUCGGGAUGCGUUGGAGGUUGACCUGGCUGUCUCCAUUUCCGAGAUUUCUAUUCAAGAAAAGGUCAAGGAGCUGAGUCCCGAGGAAGACAGGAGGAAAUGGGAGGAGGGGCACGUCGAUUACAUGGGGAAGGACGCGUUCGCCCGCAUCCAGGAGAAGCUGGACCGGUUUCUGCAGUAACCCGGGGCGUUGGGUUGCGUUGUGAGUGGUCAGACGGUCUUCUGUUGCCUGGUCCUGUUCCGUGGACAUCUCUGGUCCUUUCAGAGGGAAAAGGUGUCCAACUAUGUGCCUCUGUUUAUGGUUGACCAACUCGAGUGCCUCACAAAAAUAAUGUAGACCAUAAAAAACCCAGCUUGAAGCCCACGGCUGAUCCAAGCUACCUGUGCCUUCUUGGCUUCCUCAGCUGAGAGGUCCGUUGUUCUUUCCACACUGUCAGCAAAAGGGAGCAGGAAUAGACUUCUGGUAGACCCUUGAUAACGGCCUCGUCUUGCUCGAAGGGACUCGGAAAUGCCACCUUGGACAGGUUCACUGUGUCCUUCCUACGUAGAGUUAGACGCUGCCGCACGUCUUCUUCCAUCCCCAAGCUAAUAACACAAGAAUGUGUAUUCGGUAGCUCAGGAACCCUCCAGAGUGCCAAGUCCUUUCCUUGAGGACGAAGCAGACAUCCAGACAUCUCGAGGGUGACUCAUUUAGACUUGGAGAAGCGUGUCUGAGAAAUGGCACAGCCGUUGUUUCUCUUCUGCCAAACUCAACGGGACCUCAGAGUGCUGUUGACAGAUGCCCAAUUUGGGAAACGCCAGAGGUGUUUGGAAGAAAGACUCGAGCUGGCUUGGUUUACCUCCGUGAUACUUGAUUGCUCUUGGCUGGGCCUCACUACCUCAGUUCUCAACAAUGUAUCUCGUUGCUGUGCUCUCCAAGCCGUCUCGACUCAGCUCUUUUGGGAGACUUCUCAGUUUUAUGAGACUGAGAAGUUCCCGGUUUGCUCCACAGGAAAGCCUCAUCUUCAGAAGUCUCGUAAUUUUGUGAAUUGAUGCACUGUGCUGAGGGGUCACUCUUUAUGGCCACCACGGUUAAAAACGGGGUUCGCCGUAGUAAAGAGAGGGAAGUGCGGUAUUUUCCAGGUUUGAAUGGUUGGUUUCUCUUGCACGGACAGUCGGGAAGCAAAGGGUUAAUUGAACGCACGUUUGGAAGACGGUGAGAGGGCUGUGUUAAAAUUCAGAGGAUGCAUUUGGCCACAUUUUUCGUCACCUGGAGCUGGUUAGCCUUUUGGGAUCUCUGGGUGGACCUGGGGCAGCCGUUGUGGUGUUUGCUUGUGCAAGGUGUGAGUUGUGGAGGGGUUGUUUCUCUUGGUGUCUGGGUGGUUAAUGAUCCAAAGUCUUGCUUGGCAUCACACAUAUGGUGCUUCCGGGGCUCAUCGAUAAUAGCCAUAUGGACACAGCCUUGGGGGGGU